AAUGGUCAUCAACUCAAUACUACUACUAAUCAUGUCUCUCAACUCCUCGGCUCAUCAACAAAUUAUAUGGUGAAAAACAUUAUUGGCAAAGCUGCAGAAAGUGUCUCCACGCUGUUCAACCCCAUUGCCAGCAUUCCAUCAAGGCUGGAUGGCAUUACAGAACGGUUGCACGAUCUUCAGGUGCUGCUACAACUUUCUGGUAUCUCAGCAAUACAUGCCAUGCCACAGCAGAUGCACCAAGCUGAAUCUUCUCAACGCAGUCGAGAAACAAGUUCUUUAUUAUGUGAGCGAGUGGUUUAUGGCAGAGAUAACACGAAGGAUGAGAUAAUUCAACAGUUACUAAAAGAAGAUCAACAGAUUUCGGAGAAUUAUGCUGUGAUUCCUAUUGUUGGAAUGGGAGGCAUUGGGAAGACGACUCUUGCACAGUACGUAUACAACGAUGAGAAGCAAGUCAAGGGUCACUUUAAUCUAAAGGCUUGGGUGUGUGUGUCAGAUGUGUUUGAUGUAACACGCAUAACCAUAGCAAUCAUCAACUCUGUCUCUUAUGAAACUGUUGAUGCCUCUAUUAGCCUAAAUCAAGCUCAAGAAAAGUUGAAGCAAGUGCUAAUAGACAAAAAGUUCUUGAUCGUUCUUGAUGACGUUUGGAGUGAGAAUUAUGCUGACUGGCACCAGCUACAGGCACCUUUCCGAGACGGGGCAAAAGGGAGUAGAGUUAUAAUGACUACACGAAAUGAGACGAUAGCAAGGAUGAUGAUUAAAGAUCCGAUUCAUGGCAAUGUCGUUAAUUUAGAAGCAUUGUCCACUGAGGAUUGUUGGCAUCUAUUUCAGCAGCAUGCAGAUCACGAUCCUGCCCUUGUUGAGAUGCAGGAUGAUAUUAUAGAGAAGUGCAAAGGAUUGCCUUUGGCUGUGAAAACUCUAGCAGGUCUCUUGAAAAGUACAGUGGAUAAGAGGCAGCGUCAAGAGAUACUAGAUAGCAGUCUUUGGAGUCAGAAGAGUGAUCUUUUACCAGCACUGAUGCUGAGUUACCGUCAUCUGCCACCGCAUCUAAAGCAUAUCUUUGCUUAUAUGUCCAUAUUUCCCAAAGAUAUGAAAUUUUCUGAGGAGUUUAGCGUCUUAGAGUGGAUGGCUCAGGGAUUUCUAACAGAAAAUAAAACGUGUAGAAUGGAAGAUAUAGGUCACAACUACUUCCUUGAUCUAGUCUCUAGGUCAUUAAUUGAGAAAGAUUGUGAAGAAGAAGAUCUGUUCAUUAUGCAUGAUCUAAUACAUGAUUUGGCUCAAUGGGCUGCAGGGGACCUAUGUUGUAUAAUUGGCCCUGGGAAUAUGCCAAGAGAUCUUAAAAGAACUCGCCAUUUGUGUAUCACAAAGUAUUCUUCAGAUGGAACAUUGGGAAAUCAACUCUCUGCUUCUCAAUUGCGAACUUUUACGAUGUUUGAUGACAAUCCAAAUAUCGAAAUGCUGGAUUUCUUCCAAAAAUUUCAAUAUGUACGCACUCUAUACCUUGAUUCGAGAAUAAUUGAAGAGUUGUGGGAGUGUAUAGGUGGUCUAAAACAGUUGCGAUUUCUCUUGAUCAGAUUAAGAAAAAUAAAAGUGUUGCCAAAAUCAAUUGGCAAACUCUUUAACCUCCAGACACUGAACUUGGACGAGUGUUAUAAUCUUGAGGAGGUCCCACAUGUUGGGUUUCUGGUAAAACUUCGCCAUUUGUUUAUUGAAAAUACCUCUUUGAAAGAGAUGCCACUGGGAAUGGGGAGACUGACAAGCUUGCAGACUUUAGAUAAGUUUGUGUUGGGAGCUAAGGGUGUGUCCAGGUUAAGUGAGCUGAGGAACUUGAAUCAUCUCCAUGGCAAACUAGCAAUCUUGGGACUAAAAAAUGUGACAAGGGUUAAGGACGCAGAGGAAGCCCAAUUGCAUAAGAAAUAUGGUCUAGACGAGUUGAAUCUGCAGUGGGAUGAGGUUGACGAUGGCAUGCAGGAUGAGAUUGAUGAGAACACUAUAAGCAGUGUGUUAGAGCAGUUGAAGCCUCACACUUCCAUCAAAAUUUGUAAUUUAAAGGGGUACACGGGAUUGACAUUGCCAGCUUGGUUGGGAGAUGUCUCUUUCAAGAACAUGGUUGACAUAAAGGUUGUGAAUUGUACGAGAUGUGAAAGGUUGCCUCCACUAGGGAACCUACCCUUAUUGACAUAUCUUGAGAUUGAAGGCAUGGAAGGUAUUAAGCAGGUAGGUGAGGAAUUUUAUGGCGCUCCCGAUUGUUCGUCAGUUCCUUUUAAGGCUUUGAGAGGUCUAAUCUUUAUGAAAAUGAAAAAUUGGGAGAAGUGGGCGCACUCACCAGUUGACAACAACAAGGCAUUCCCCUGCCUUGAAGAUCUUUUAGUUGAGGAUUGUGAAUCACUGCAAGGUGAUCUACCUCUGCAUAUGCCUUCUCUCAAAAUACUGAAAAUUGAAAGUUGUAAGGAUCUGAGUAUCUCACUUCCAAGCCUUCCUUUGCUGGAAGAGUUGAAGGUAGACAGAUGCAGAGUAUUGUCUACCAGUGCAGAUGUCAUUUUCUGUUCAAAAAUGAUGGAUCUCUGUGAUAUUUCAGAAAUCGUACGCUUUCCUGGGUAUUGCCCUCACCUUCGUGGAGAACUCCACGUAUUUAGUUGCCAUUUUCUUAGUACUAUUGCCCAGAUACCUACAACAUUUCGACAGGUGAAAAUUGGAAGGUGCGAUGAACUAAAGUCGGUGGAAUUCGAGAAAUCCACUUCCUCCAGUUGUCUUGAAGAAUUGGAGGUUGUGGUUUGUAAGUCUCUCAUUGCCAUUGCUAAGAUCCCCUUGACGCUUCGAGAAUUGAAAAUUGUGAGGUGCGAGAGGCUAGAGCUUGUUGAAUUUCAAAAAUUACAAGAUUCACUGUCACCACUUACACCAUCCCCACAGGCUCCAUCUCAACUUGCCUAUCUCAUCAAAUUAAGUAUCUCAACUUGCCAUAGUCUCGUAUCAUUACCACCAAGUCUGCUCCUCCCAGCUUUAAAAGAACUUGAGUUCUGGGAUUGCGAAAAUAUGGAAGGUCUCCCCGGUGACGGUGAUAUGCACAAUUUUACCUCCCUCGAAGAAUUAAAAAUUCAAGAGUGUCCCAAAAUCCAAUGCUUUCCAGGAGGAGGUUUACCCAAAAACCUGAAGAUGAUUAGAAUUUACCAUGUAAAGAUAAAGCAGCAGCCGGUACAAGAGUGGGGAUUGCACCUCCUCCCUUCACUUCAAUAUCUUCAACUGCUUUAUGUAGGCAGCUGUGCAGACUCAGCUGAAUUUCUAUCUCUCCCGUCUUCCUUAUCUGAAUUGCACAUCAGCGGUUUCCAAAAUUUGAAAUCUUUUGUUGGCGACUUUACCUUUCUUAAAACUCUCUUCUUUGAAAAUUGCCCGAAAUUCUGCUACUUUUCAGAAACAGGGUGUUUACCCAGGAACCUACAUAAGCUUACCAUUUAUAACAGAGCCAAUAUAGAGAAGCCGAUACGAGAUUUGGGAUUGCACCUUCUAACUUCUCUUCAACUCCUUCAACUUGGAAAUUUUUACGAGUGUGGGGAUCGCAACUCCAUUGUAGAUGACACAGUAGAGUGCAUCCCAGGUCCAGAUCUCUAUCUUCCCUCUUCCUUGACUACAUUACAAAUCAGGGGUUUCUCAAAUUUGAAAACCAUAUUUUGUUCCACCCUUCCCAACCUGACUAGAAUUCACAUCAAUUUUUGCCCCAAGUUUGAAUCCUUUGGUGACAAUGGCCUUCCUCCACAGCUUAAAUUUGUGUACAUUGAUGAAGUGUCUGAUUUAGUAGAGCAGCAUUUGGAAAUAGACCCCGAUGGCCGUAUAUUUUUUAAAGAUGGCAAGUACUCGCUAUGUUAAAACGGUGCCUCUGUCAAACUACUUCAAUGUCUCAAUGGAGUUAGACAGUCUCAGAGUAUUGUGCUCGCUAUGAUGAUCACUUCUGUUGCAGAUGCUCUUCGAGUGCAACUUUUCUCAAGUUAUGGGGUGUCAAGGUGCUGAUAGGCAUAGAAUAUUAGUGGUAACAUCUGCUGAUUUCAGCUCUUGUUGAGAGUUUGAUAGCAAAAGUUAAAGCUUGGGAGAUAGAGAAAGGAAUGACGUUCCUUUGUGGCAAGGAACUUCUGUUGCAUGAAUUACAAGAAUACACUUCACAGCGUCAGCAUAGGGAAGAAGAGAAACGUAGAACUCGGGAGCACAAAAAGUUGCAGGAACAGCUUGCGACAGAAAAAGAAGCGAUCUAUGGUUCAAAGCCUAAAAAGCCAUUGGGUCAGAGCACCAAUAACAACACAAUGGUUGGAACUCCCGCUCGUAGGAUAGGAACUCCCUCAAGGCGUAUGGGGAUAUCUGGUAGUAAAGAUCGCAGAGAUAGCACGAGAGUUAUACCAGUGAACUUUGUAGCUCUUGCCAAAGAUGAUCCCGUAUAUCGUGGUAGCUAACUCUCGUUCAUUUUGUUUUGAUGGCCUUCAUAUGGUGGAAAGCAAGGAUCUUCAAGGUGAAAGGAUAUUGAGAGAUGGUAAUUUUGGGUAGUCAACACCAAAAGAUUGGGAAAAUUUUCUUUUGUUCAUGUCUGAAUCUCAUGUCAUAAAAGAUGUGUUAUCGAGGUGCAUAUUUUCUAUAGUUAGUUACUGGUAAU